UUAAAAAGAAGAUAUCAGCCAACUGGUCUUGAUUCUUAAAAUGGAUACCUAAUAUUAUAUUUAAUGAUUCAAGUUUAAAAACGAUGCACAUGUUUAACUUUUGUGUGUUGCUGCAAGCAACACGUGCUUUUUGCUUUAAGAAUAUUGCACUUGGCAAACCUACUUGGCAAGAACAUCCUUGGCCAGACGACAGAUUCUAUCAUGGUAAUAAUGCUGUUGACGGUUUGUACUCUGAUCGAUCGUUACAAGGAGAUCAAUGUACAACAUCAGCCAAUAACAAAAGCACCGCUACAUGGAGAGUCGACCUUGGUAGUGUGGUCAGCAUCAGUCACAUCGAUAUUUACUAUAGGACUGAUAAUAAACCAGAGCCAACAGUACACAAAUCAAGAAUGGCAGGAUUUUAUUUGUACGUUUCUAAAACAACUUCAAAGGAAGAUGGCCAUCUCUGUUUUCAUGAUAAUAGCACUAUUCAUGGCAUGUUAUCAGAAGACCAGAAAAUUAACUGUUCUGUCUAUGGACGCUACGUCAUUUACUACAACGAACGGAGACCGGAUGAAGGAUAUCCCAAUUUCUAUUCGCCGUUUGCAUACAAUGAACUCUGUGAAGUUGAAGUCUAUGGCUGCAUCGAUUCUGGAGUCUAUGGGAAGAACUGUACAUUGAUGUGUCCAGUGAACUGCAAGGAAGGAAAAUGUGACAUUAACACAGGCCACUGUCUCAACUGUAUUCCAGGAUAUCAGGGACAAAACUGUUACAAAACUCAUACUAUCAAAGACGAUAAAACCACCGGAUCUGCAUUUAUUCUUAUAAUUGGCGGGAUUGUCGCCUCUUUCAUCAUAUUAAUAACCACUGUUACUGUAACAAUCGUGUACAAAAGGACUAAAAGUACCAAGGGAAACAAUGAGGAAACAAAACGCAAAGAGGAAAGUUUGACGAUAACAAGACCGAAAGGUUUUCCAAAAUCAAGGCUUCAUUCGUCUAUCACAUGUCUUAAAAUUGACAUAGAAGAUGGUCUUGCUCAGCCAGGGUUUUCCAAAUCAUUUAGCAAAGACGUUGAACAAACACAGAAAGUUAGCCAGAGCAAGAAAAUAGAUGACGAUGUCGAUAUCGACGAAAAAAUACACGAGGAAAACCCGUAUGGAGAUUUGUAUGUAAAUGAAAAACCAAUCCCUGAUAUUGCAGUAGCUAACUUGGGAAAUGUAAUUGAGGAGAAUUCAAAAAAUGAAGAUGACGAGUUUAAGAAGAAUUAUUCGACUUUAUUAUACGGCGAGAGGUAUCCCUGUGAUAUCGGAAAACUUCCUGAAAAUCUCACAAAGAACAGAUUCAAAACGACAUUUCCAUAUGACCAUUCAAGAGUAAAACUGGUAAACAAAGAGUCGGACUACAUCAAUGCAAAUUAUAUUGACGGUAUUUACCAAGAAAAUCGCUACAUCGCAACACAAGGCCCAACUCAAAACACGGUUGGAGACUUUUGGUUAAUGGUUUGGCAAGAACAUGUAGAACAAAUUGUCAUGCUUACGAAUCUCAUUGAAGGGUCAAAGAAAAAAUGUUACCAGUAUUGGCCAGAUUUAGAAGAAGCCAUGGCCUGUGACAUGUUAACAUUACAUACAGAUAGAGAACGACACUACGCUUGUUACAGCAUCCGUGUACUGCGAUUGACGAAUAUUAAACAGGGGAAUGAGUGUAGAACAAUCACACAGUAUCAUUACACCGCCUGGCCGGAUCACGGUACACCCAAUCCGCUUUGUCUCUUGAUGUUCCACAACCACGUGACAAGAACGAAAUUAAGCCAGUUAAAGGUUCCUACUUUAGUCCACUGCAGUGCUGGAAUUGGAAGAACGGGAACCUAUAUUGCGAUUGAUGCUUUAUACGAAGAAGGCAAACAAAAAUCUAAAAUUAACAUUGCAGAAUGCGUGAGGAAAAUGCGAGAAAAGAGAAUGAAUAUGGUCCAAACUUAUGAACAAUACAAGACAAUAUUUGUGACUCUGCACGAAAUGUUUAAAGCCCCUGUUGGCGUUCAAACAGCAAAUGAGUUCUUUCUUAAAUCACAAUCGGCAAACAAUAAGCAUCCUGCAUAUGUGUCAUCAUUACGAAAAGAGUUUCAGAGGCUUCUGUCGAUUCGACAUCAGUACUCAGAAUACGAUUUCAAAAUGGCAUUGCAGUACAAAUCAGUUUCAACGUCGAUUCUCCCCCUUGACAAGUACGUUGUGUUCUUGCCUUCAAGUGUUCCAAAACGUGGAAACUACAUUAACGCAAUAUUCUUGCCCUCUUUAACCUGUCAGAACGCGUUUAUCGCCACCCAUUAUCCGACCACAGGAGAUUCUAUAGACUUUAUACGACUGAUUACCGAUUAUGAAUCUAAAGUAGUUGUUUGUAUGGAUCCUCUCUGCCAUGUGGAGUUCGCAAAUGAGUGGCUACCGACUGUAACAGAAUCCAAGACUGUGUCACCCUACAAGAUUAAACAACAACAAGAAUUGUCAACGGGAUUUAAAUGCAGUAAACUUGAGAUUUCAAAAGAGAAGUCGAGUGAUGAAGUUUGGGUGGUUGACAUAAUUGAGCCAAAUAGCAUCCUUUCACAGGACAAUCCACAGACGACAUCACAAAUUCUUGGUUUAGUAUCCUAUGUACAGAACGUUAAAACAGACAACCCGGUCACUGUCGUCAGCAGGGAUGGUGCUGCUCUAUGUGGUGUCUUCUGUGCUGUAUACAACCUGAUACAACAACUGACAAUGGACGAGGAGAUAGACGUGUUCUCUGUGGUCAGACUCCUACAAACACGACGCCCUGAACUGUGCUCAACCUUGGAGGAGUACAUCAUGGUACACAACGCUUUGAUGAAAUUUUUAGAUAAAAACAAGUGAACAUACCAUACACAACCAGUAAUGUGCUACUGAUACAUGUAGUUACAUGUACUCAGAGACCAAGAGCUAUUGUUUGUUUCAAAACAUUGUUAAGACAAACAUUUAAGGCAAAAAAAAAAAACCUUUUAAUAUAUGUAGCAAAAGUUCGAUUUCACUUUGCUAGUUUUCGUGAUUAAUGCAUGUGGGUUUUUUUUAAUUCAUUAUUAAUAGAUUGUCUACUAUAAUGGUAACGCAAUCAAGCCAUGCAUGUUAUUAUUUUAUUAUUAUUAUUGAACUCUUUUUAUGUAAUUAUUUAUUUAACUCGAGAGAGCUGUUAAUUUUUUAUUAGAAAGUGUUUGAUAUAUUUUUAUGAACACUUCUUUUGUGGUCGUUUUUUGUGGCUACAUGUACAAACAGAACAAAUACUAUUCCAUGUCUGCUUCUUUAAUCUGUUUCUUCGAGUUACAUAAAAAAACAUCAUAACAACAUUCUUACACAUGCAUUUAUAUACUUGUAGUAAAUACUUAAUGUUUUAUUUUUCUUUUGUCUUGUUAUUAAUUUUUUUUAAGUCAAUGCUAUUUUUAUUGAUAAUAAAAGAAAAAAAAACACUUGUUUUGCAAAUUUAAGGAUGGGGCCGUUCAAUGUUAUUUGUAGUACGGCACUCUUCCGGGAAAAACAGUUCCGGUAACAUUCUGCAAAUAACCACAACACCAACGUUAAG